AUUAAGAUAAAAAGCAAAGGUAUAUUACAAUUUUUAUUCAGAGAUGAUCUCAAUUUUAUUGAGUACCCAAGUAAAAUGAGGAUUCUAGUCCAUGGCAGGCCAGUCCUCAAGCCUCCACCUCGACCUACGGCCUGCUGCUGUCUGUUGGGCCGAACGGGAGGCACGAGGCGGAGAGCGGAGAGGCGUUCCGUUCCAUCCAAGCUGAUGGCAACGAGUUCUCCAGGGCGGCGGCGCACGGGCACCUCCUGCCUACCAGAAGGCCUCCGCACCGAGCUCUUCUCAUCGCCACCAUCACCAGAAGGCUUCCGCCCCUCUCUCCAGUGUCUCUUUCUCUCUCCAUCGCAUGGCUCUCGCGUGCGCCACUCACGCGCGCCGCUUCCUCCUCGCUGGCCCGGCGAGAUCUUUCCACGCCCAGCCCUACCAGGCCAAGGUCGGCGUGGUGGAGUUCUUGAACGGCGUCGGGAAGGGGGUGGAAGCGCACGCCGCGAAGCUGGAGGAGGCUGUGGGCGGCGACAUGCAGAGGCUCCUCGAGGCCCGCACGCUGCGGCUCAAGAAGCUUGGCAUCCCCUGCAAGCAUAGGAAGUUGAUUUUGAGUUUUGCUCACAAGUACCGUCUUGGUCUCUGGAAGCCUCAAGCAGAACCCAGGAAAGUUGAAUAAAAUUGGUUUGUUCUUGAAAGCUAGUCUACUGUUGGACUGAGGCUUGUUUGGGACAUUUUGAAUAUUUCCUUUUGUAAUUUAGGAGCCACAAAUCUUUGUUCUCUGUCUCUGGCCAUACUUAUUUGCAUCCAUUGUGCAAUUUUUUCUAGAAAAUUUCCAACUUCGCGUGGAAUAACAAACCGCAACAGGUGCAGCCCCCUGUGAUAAUCUAUCACUUAUUGUCUGUAUUGUUCCUUUGGAUUCUUACCAACAACAUUGCAGUUGUAUUAAUGUAAUCUAAGCAAAUUGAUUAGGUUCAGAUUCUCAGAAAGAUACAUUACUGUGCAUUAGAGUUCCAGUCAAUUUAUAUGUAGACAAGUCAAACAUGUUGUAAUGCUAUGGUUGUUUCUGUGGUUCUACACUGCCCUUUCAAGAUGUAAUUGCAUUACCUUUUUUGAUUAUGAUGCUUUUUAGUUGAA